GCAAACAUGGCCCAAGCUGUGCGGGCGCUGUGGCCCGGCGGGCUCGCUCUGACCUGGAGGUUGGGCGGUCGCCCCGCGCUGGGACUCCCCGCGCAGAGCCGGGCCGGCUUAACCGGGGCGGCGGGAGGCCCGGGCCCCGCCGCCACCACCCGCAAGGGGGGCCCACGGCUCCUGGGAGCGGCGGCGCUGGCCCUGGGAGGAGCCCUGGGGCUGUACCACACUGCACGGUGGCACCUGCGCGCCCAGAACCUCCGUGCCGACCGCUCAGCCGCGCAGCUCUCCGUGUCCAGCCGCCUGCAGCUGACUCUGUACCAGUACAAAACGUGUCCCUUCUGCAGCAAGGUCCGUGCCUUCCUCGACUUCCACGCCCUGCCCUACCAGGUGGUGGAGGUGAACCCUGUGCGCAGGGCCGAGAUCAGGUUCUCCUCCUACAGGAAGGUGCCCAUCCUGUUGGCCCAGGAAGGAGACAGCUUGCAACAACUGAACGACUCCUCUGUCAUCAUCAGUGCCCUCAAGACCUACCUGGUGUCGGGGCAGCCCCUCGAAGACAUCAUCACCUACUAUCCACCCAUGAAGGCUGUGAACGACCAGGGCAAGGAGGUGACCGAAUUCUGCAACAAGUACUGGCUCAUGCUGGAUGAAAAGGAGGCCCAGCGGAUGUAUGGUGGGAAGGAGGCCAGGACGGAGGAGAUGACGUGGCGGCAGUGGGCAGACGACUGGCUGGUGCACCUCAUCUCCCCCAAUGUGUACCGCACGCCGACCGAAGCCUUGGCCUCCUUUGACUACAUUGUCAAGGAGGGCAAUUUCGGGACUGUGGAGGGCGCCAUGGCCAAGUACGUGGGCGCAGCUGCCAUGUACCUCAUCAGCAAGCGGCUCAAGAGCAGGCACCACCUCCAGGAUGACGUGCGUGAGGAUCUCUACGAGGCUGCCAACAAGUGGGUGGCAGCUGUGGGCAAAGACCGGCCCUUCAUGGGGGGCCAGAAGCCGAACCUGGCUGAUCUGGCAGUGUACGGUGUGCUGCGUGUGAUGGAGGGUCUGGAGGCCUUCGACGACCUGAUGCGUCACACUCACAUCCAGCCCUGGUACCUGCGGGUGGAGAAGGCCAUCGCUGAGGCCCCCGAGUGAACUGAGCAUCCCUGCCGGGAGGAGGGGGGGA